AUGUGGCCUGUGACGGCCACCCACGAGCUGACUGAGUCUCAGCGACAGUGCUGCAGCGACAUUCUGGAGGCCCUCUUCUCUGCGACGCCGCUGGGCAUCUCGCAGGACAGGUUCUGGGAUUUCGUGUUCUGUACACCACUCGAGGAUCCAUGGAACACGGCAAAGUCGAUACCUCCACCUCCACCGCCAUGCGACAACACCGCACCACGUCGCUAUAUCGGAGUCUUCAACCAAGACCUCCCGCCAUCGACCAACGCUCUGCGCCACGCUAAAAAGGGGAAACACACCAUCCGUAUCGAACAGCACCGUCGAAGAAUGAUGAUGGCGUAUCUGAAGGUCAGGUGGACAAAGAGUGGGCAGAUUGAGUGGUUCUGGACGGAUUUCAAGAACAAAGGUGCCAGCCCUGACUACGUCGAUAUUUACCCUUUGGACGACGUCAGGGAGGAACAAGCCUCUCCUGUGAUUGGGGCCAAAUCUGCUGUUGUGGAUGAUGCAGACAUGUGGGCGAUAUGGUCUGCUUCCGUGUACAAUCUCUACUACGCCGUGUAUCUCGCGCGUCGUCGCCUGUUGCGGCGCCUCGACCUCCCGCCAGGCGUCCAAAGGCCCCUGGACCCCUCCGCGACGGAGAUAGCAGCGAGUUUUGUGGCGCCCAAAAGCUUUGAGCAGUAUCUCAAAAACAGGGGUACGCCAGAAGACGUGCUCAUUCUCGAGUCUUUGGCAAGGAUCAAGGACUCUCCUAAACGCCGGGGAUUGAAAGGCCACGACCUCGUGUCUCAGCUAAAGCGCCGGGCGGUCAAUACAUCAGAAAUGACCAGCAGCCUUACAUCUGAGACUGAGAUCAUUUUACUGCUGAGCUAG